AGGCCGAAAGACCACAUGGCUGGGGGAUAUGCGGGAUCGUCGGCAAUUGAGAUGCUCGGCGUUCAGGAGACGAGCCCAUCGACGUGGGAUGCGACAUAUAAUCCCCCCAACUAUCCCUAACCCGGGAUGCACAGAGGUGUUUUGAGGCUCGAGACGAUUUGUAGAUCAACAACCAAAAAUACUGCUAGCUUCUGAAAAAGGUUGUCAACCAUCACCAUGCAGUUGAGGAAUUUCGUACUCCUGGCCGCCGCGGCCAGCGUCGAUGCUGCUGCGACUCUUCGAUUCUCGUGCUCGCAGCUCGUCGUUGAGCGUCUAGACCCUCUCGUCAACCCCGGCGAGAACCCGUCCCCCCAUCUUCACCAAGUCGUCGGAGGAAAUGCCUUCAACGUCUCGAUGGACCCCAAUGUGCACGACCUGCCCUCGACGGCUACCUGCACAUCCUGCACACCAGUUGAGGACUUCUCCAACUACUGGACUGCCGUUCUCUUCUUCAAGGCCCGCAACGGAACUCUCCACCGCGUGAACACCUUCGGAAACGAGCUCGGUUUCACUGGUGCCAAGGGUGGUCAGACAGUCUACUACCUGUCGUCCGGCAAGGUGACAGCAUUCAAGCCCGGCUUCCGCAUGACAGUCGGCGACCCCAACAUCCGCACUGCUGAGGAGCUCAACCGCCGAUACAAGUACAUGGACUUUACAUGCCUUGCUUCUAGCAUGACUCGUGGUGGCCAGACCACAAACUUCCCCAAGUCCACUUGCGCUGCCGGCAUUAUGGUCUCCAUCCGAUUCCCAACAUGCUGGGACGGAAAGAACCUCGACAGCCCCGACCACCAGAGCCACGUCGCCUACCCCAACGGCAAUGCUUGCCCAUCCACCCACCCGGUCACCAUUCCCCAGGUCUUCUACGAGACGUACUGGGACACGCGCCCCUUUAACAACAAGGCCGAAUGGCCCGCUGAUGGCAGCCAGCCUUUCGUCUGGUCCUUCGGCGACAAGACCGGCUACGGUAUCCACGGUGACUACGUCUUCGGCUGGAAAGGCGACGCCCUCCAGCGCGCCAUGGACGCAAACUGUAACUCCGACCUCUUCGCCAACAAGAUCAACUGCCCCACGCUCCAGACCCAGUCCCUCGAGCAAGCCAACCAAUGCACCAAGCCCAAGACCGUCACCGAGAACCUUGACGGCUGGCUCCAGGAGCUCCCUGGUGGCAUGCCCAUCUCCUAAGCGAUUCGCGAUGGGGUAUGGGGUUGUUAGGA